AUGUCGUUCGUACUCUCGACGCUCGACCGAAUCGCAUCACCGGAAACCCGGCAAAGGGCGUACAACACGGUCUUCCGAUUUUGUUACCAACGACCGAUUCUUUCGUCUUUUCUUGGCGUACAACUAUUAUUCGCGUUUGUGCCGUUACUUUGUUUCAUCGGGUUUUCGGUUUCUGCGAUUUUGUUCCUGUCGGCGCUGGCUCUUGGGGCUGGGUUAUUUUGGGUGCUUGUUGCGGGAGUCGUGCUAUUCUGGGCAUUGGUUAUUACGUUUACACUUGCUGUUGCAACGUGGGUAUAUCUCGCUGUCUGCUUCGUUUCAAUCCGUAAGGUUGGAAGAGCUACGGGGUAUAUUGAAACUCCAGGUGGUCAAAGGAGUGGACCAACGAAGACUUCUACGUCUACGUCUGGCUCGAGUCUACAGAAUGGGAAAGCAGAUACCGUGAAUUCGGAUGAAAAAGUGAAUGGUGGAUUUGGGGAGAAAGAGGGGCCAGUUAAGGAAGAGGGGCCAGUUAAGGAAGAGGGACCAGUUAAGGAAGAGGGACCAGCUAAGGAAGAAGAGGAACCAGUUAAGGAAGGGGAAGUGGUUAAGCAAGAGGAGUAA